AUGUCAGUUCUGCGCCAUGGAGGAGGCGGUUUCCUCCAGCGCCGCCUCACGAAGUUGUAUACCGAUACGAAAACCUCAUGCGAAAGUGUGACGACAGCCUCGAAAGCCCUCGACGACCCGGAGCUCGUGGCUCUGCACCAAAGCUUCCAGAAACAGCGGGAUCGGUUACUGUCGUGGGGCCUAGAUUGGAGCGAUGCGAGCGCCGCCCAGCCGAACGAUAUCGACGAAUCCCUGACCGCGGCCGGCUUCAGCGAUGUCGUUGAGAGUGUUAUGUCCUCUAUACAAGACCUGCUCAAUGACGCCGAGCAUGUUCAGCAUAUGGAUUCGCCCAUGCCUUCCAAGGAGCGCAAACUGGAUUUGCCGUCGAAGGAUUCUCUGGGGAGCCGGCCCCUCAAGACACAAUGGACAGACGAUGAUAUCAGUCGUUCGAAGACAAUACUGAGUGACUUGACAGCUUGCAUAGACACGCUCUAUGACUUGUCCCGCUCGCGCCGAACCAUGGCAUCUAGCAUGUCCUCGAACAAGUAUAGCACUGGUAGUCGCCGAUCGAAACCUUCCCCCGUUACACCCUACGACGCAUCCUAUGGCUCCUUCUCUGACUCGAAGGAGAAGGUCCAAACCCCUAAGCAAAUGUACGACCCCUUCACGUACUCUCCCUCGACUGCAAAACACGAUUAUAGCUACCCCUCCGGGACCUCCCACACGCUCGUUAUCCAGCGAUCCGCCCUGCAACUAUACGGCGCGGCUCACGAUAAUAGCCCUCCACCAUACGAACCAAUUGCAGCGUCGUCAAACUCUCGUGUUGUGGGUCGCCUCAAGACGUCGGCAUCACCGUUACUUCUGAGCUCCGUCAAGGAGGCGUACGUCUCGGUGUUGGUGGAGUUCAUGCCCAUGAUCGUGGAUUCUCAGAUAAGUUUGAAGAGCUCACGAUUGGAGAAGCUCCAGAACUCGCUGGACCAGUUGCUUCAGAAUGCCAGAAUCGGCCACUUGGGUCUUCUAAAGUUCUUGGGCUACUGCGUUGAUGAACCUAAUGCCCGCUACGCCUUCCUUUAUCAGAUGCCUGUCGAUUAUUUCCCUUUUCUGCAAGACCCCAGCGACUUAUUGAAAGAGCUCAAGCCUAUGCCUCUCAUCGCUCUCCUUCCAUCGGCCGAGGACUACCGCGAAAAGCGGAUGCCGAAUUUGGAAACUCGGUUCCGGCUGGCCUACGAUCUCAUGAUGUCUGUUCUGCACUUGAGAAGCCAGAAUGCCGUGCAUGGUAACAUCAACAGCAGCAAUGUCAUUUUCUUCCCCGGUCGGACCGACGUGAACAAUGAUGAGAGUGGGUUGGCCCCUGAUCUACGACGUCCUUACUUGACCUCCCCAGCUCGCUUCUCUGGCGACGGGCCCACCCCGGAGCCACUGUCCACAGCGAUGUAUCGGCACCCUGAUGACAAGAGAUCCGUUGAAGACGAAGCCGCCUGGGCUUAUGACCUGUACUCGCUUGGCCUGCUCCUGCUGGAAAUCGGUCUAUGGGCCCCGAUUGGCCGGUUGUGGAAGAUGAAGUAUGACCGCUCAUGGUUCAAGCAUCGUGUUGAAGAUCUCUAUGUGAAGAAGCUUGGUCCGAAGUGCGGUACUGCAUACCUCCAAGCUGUCCAGCUCUGCCUCGACGCCCCCAACUUCCACCUUUCGACCCAGCCCAUGACCGAUCUCAACCUCCGUGUACCCCAGAUCUACCACUAUCCCGUCCUCGACCUGUCCGACCCUGACGGCACAUUCUCUUUCUCAAUGAAUUUCCUCUAUACGAUCUGCAAGAUCUUGUGGUCAUGUGCCCGCAUUGAUAUCUUCUCGGCACCGCCUGCAGAAGAACUGGACGAUUGCCUGCCCCUAGCACUUGUCCCAACCCCCGAACCUACACCGGCGGAGGAGAAGGCCGAUCCGUACCAGCUUUCCCGCGAACCAAUCAACCUCGACAAGAAGCUUCCGACCAUCCCAGUGGAUCCGUGGGGUAUCUUGCCAGAAGAAAAAAGCUUGGACAAGCCCGCUAAGAAGCGGACUGUCAAGCGCCUUCCCCACCUCGAGAUUCCUGAUGAACAUCUUCAGGAAUGGAACUUUCAGAUGAUGCCCCGUCUGAGCCGUCUUCUGCAAAAAAUUCUCAAGGAAUCCAAUGAGUCCUGUGGUGCUACUCUCAUGAUGACUGGUGAAUCCCCGGAAACAGCGAAAACGACCAUCUGCGUGACAUGCGGCAGCGUCAAGAAGGUCCGAUCGGCUUUGAAAAAACAUUUCCCUCUGGGUCGGGAUGACUGGGAUCUCAUCGUCCUUCGAGGCGAUAUUGAGCGAUCAAAAGUCCCCCGCAAGAAGCGUCGCAAGCCCGCCAAGACUCGCCCAAACGGAUCGAACGAAACUCCUUUUCGUCAACGUGAACUGAACCCAUGCCACCAGCAACGGCCUCUAUGUGGCGCCUCUAUCGGUGCGUUUCAGAAUGAGGAACACCUGCCACCCGUCUCUUAUGGUGGUGCCGUGCUCGUCGAUGGACAACCAUAUGGUCUGACAGUUCACCACAUGCUUGAGGCUCCAAGCGACGACGAAGGCUCUGGUGCCGAGGAACCAGAGGCCCCUUCGCGAUCUGCGGGAAACUGGCCUCGAGACCUGUCCAGCGUUGCCAAUCCGAGUUCUAUGCCCACCUGGUGUGAGGACGAACCGUCAGAGAUCAAUUUGGAAUUUGAAAUUUCGGAUUUGGAAGAUGAUGAUGGGUCGAUCUCGCAAGGUCCCGAAGGGGGGCUCGACGAAUAUUGGCUUUCGGAUGAUGACUCGUCGGAUGAUGAGUCUAUCGAAGGUCCUGAUAACGAUGACGGCGAUGUGGCCUCGGUCGGUGAUACUGCCGGCAUCGAUCCGGGGGAAGAGCCGCGGCUACUCGUCACGCAGCCCGCUAUUGACGACAUCCACGAAGAUUUCUUUCCGUCCCCAGAAGACCGCGACGAUGAACAUCUCGCUUCCCAUUGCUUGGGCUACGUGCAUGCAUCCUCGGGCGUGCGCCGGUGGACGCGCAAAGGAAUCAAGCACGAGAUUGAUUGGGCUCUCAUCAAAGUUGACGACAACCGCAUGGACCCUCGCAACAUCAUCGUCGACAAUACCACUUCUCCUCCCGGCCGACCCGGUAUAGGACGAGGCCAACCUCAACUGAUUUUUCUCAAUCAAGUCGCCCGCAUGGAGGAACUAGGCGGCUUACAAGUGCACUGCUGCGGCCGCACGAGUGGGCUGCAGACGGGACAGAUAUCGAAGGCGAUGACGUUGGUCAAGCUCCAUGGUCGACACUCUUUCUCCACGAGCUUAUGUGUUAACGGGAACUUCGGAGCCCCCGGCGACUCCGGCGCAUGGGUUUUCGAUAGGUCGACCGGCCGCGUCUGUGGCCACGUUCUCGCCUGGUCCGCCCGCUCCAAUACCACCUACAUCUCGCCCAUGGAGGUCACCUUCGAAGAUAUCGCGCGUACUCUGAAUGCCUCUGUCGUCUCGCUCCCCGGCGACUCCUCCCGCGCCAUGGGCUACGCUGGCUUGGCCUCCUCUCCUCCCGGCGCAUACCGCCACCAGACUCAUCCCCUUCCGGGCCUUCCGGGGGACUUUAACCGCCUCGUGGCUGCUGGUGUUCCUCCAGGCCCGCCUGGUGUCCCGCCACAUCCCUUCGCACACCCGCAUGCCCACCACCCUGGGAACUUCCCGCGUCCUCCGCCUCCCCCACCUCCCCGCCCUGGGUCCCAGGAGACGCAUGUCCUCCGGGGCGUGAGUCCCAUUCCGCCAUCAUUGUUGACUGGGCCAAGAAACAUCGAGCGGCAGCUUGCCUGA